CACUAAUACUGCCAAAAUUGUGAUACAUUUUGGGUCUUGGAGUAGUGUUCUAUUGUAUGUUGUAUAUUUAUAAAUAAUUUUAAAAGGAAAUAUCAAGUCAAGCUAUGAAUUAAAUAUCUAAUUGGAAGAUAACUUAGCUAAGAAACUUAAGUACGACAACAACAGCAGCGAAACGACAAAAUGUCCCGACUACCGACGGCCCUCCUCAUAGGGGCUUGUUUAAUCAGCACAGUUAUUUGCCAACGAGCGGAGCACCUCUUAGCACAGAACCCUUGCUCGAGUAAGACGACAUGUAGCGACUGUAUACGGACGCCCAGCUGCGCGUGGUGCUUCGCUGCUGACUUUAACGGGCCGCGGUGCUUCAAUCCUGCCAUGGAGGGCGGCACCGGGGGUUGCGAUGAGGCUUACAUCUUCAAUCCGGACAACCAACGCUCUAUCGAUCCCUUGUUCAAUAGGGAAUUGAGUAGAGCAAAAGCUGGUAUGGGCAUCGGUAUGAGCGCGUCAACCUACGAAGAGUCGAUGAGUGCUAAAAGUGGUGGUUUUGCCGCUGGUGGAGGCUACGGCAGAGGCGGCGGUGGUGACAACCUCAUCCAAAUCAAACCGCAGAGAGUCAAAUUGCAGUUAAGAAUGAAUGAAAUGCAGAAAUUGACGUUCGCUUACUCGCAAGCUCAAGAUUACCCAGUCGAUCUCUACUACUUGAUGGAUCUGAGUAGAUCGAUGAAGAAUGACAAGGACAAGCUCAGCACCCUUGGCAGCUUACUGUCCAGCACUAUGAGGAAUAUCACAUCAAACUUCAGGAUAGGUUUCGGUUCAUUUGUGGACAAACUAGUCAUGCCAUACGUGUCUACUGUCCCCAGAAAUUUGAUUUCGCCUUGCGAUGGCUGUGCGGCUCCUUAUGGCUUCAAAAACCAGAUGUCAUUGAGUAAUGACACUGAUUACUUUGAUCAAGCAGUGGCCUUAGCCGACGUGUCUGGUAAUCUGGACGCGCCCGAAGGCGGGUUCGACGCCAUCAUGCAGGCGGUGGUUUGCAAGGGCCAAAUCGGCUGGCGGGACCAGGCUCGCCGGCUGCUAGUGUUCUCCACUGACGCCGGCUUCCAUUACGCGGGCGACGGCAAGCUUGGUGGAAUUGUGCAGCCCAACGAUGGUGAAUGUCACAUGGAAGAUAACUCGUACACGCACUCUACCAAACAGGAUUACCCGAGUAUAUCACAAAUCAAUCUCAAGGUGAAACAACACGCGAUCAACGUUAUAUUCGCCGUGACAUCGGAACAGAUCAAGGUAUACGAGGAGUUGAGCAAACACAUCGAGGGUUCCAGUAGCGGCGUGCUGAGCGAUGACUCGAGCAACGUGGUGGAAUUAGUACGAGAACAAUACAACAAAAUAACAUCAACAGUAGAAAUGAAAGACACUUCAAGUGACGCCGUGGAAGUGGUCUAUUACUCGUCCUGCCUCGGCGGAAAGGAGCCCACGCAGACGAACAAAUGUGACGGUCUUAAGGUUGGCGAUGUGGUCGAAUUCACAGCAGAAAUAACCCUGAAGGAGUGUCCGAAAGAAUCCAAAAAUUGGAAUCAGACUUUCCAAAUUUACCCUGUGGGAAUAUCCGAAAACCUGGUGGUGGAAGUGGAAAUGAUAUGCGAUUGUCCCUGUGAGCAUCCCGGUCAUCACGCGUACAACGAGAGUCCUCUAGUAUGUAGCGGUCAAGGCAUAUCGGCGUGCGGAGUUUGCCUGUGCAACCCAGGCCGAUUCGGUAAAGGGUGCGAGUGUUCGGCCCAAGGCGGGGUCUCGUUGGAACAAGAACGGGGUUGUCGGCCCACUAACGCCACCUUCGGCCCGCUGUGCUCAAACAGAGGCACUUGUAUAUGUGGAGUCUGCGAGUGCAACAAACUGGAUGAUCCGCUGAAGGUGAUAUCGGGUCCGUUCUGCGAAUGCGACAACUACACUUGCGACAUGAACAAGGGUUUGCUUUGCUCGGGGCCGGAGCACGGCGAAUGCGUGUGCGGAAAGUGCGUCUGCCGUCCGGAGUACUCCGGACCUGCUUGCGCGUGCUUGAAGGACCAGUCUCCAUGCCGAUCGCCCGAGAAUGGUGAUAUUUGCAGCGGGCACGGCAAAUGUGUUUGUGGCCAGUGCGUGUGCAACGUCGAUGACGAUCAUCAUUACUCGGGAACGUUUUGCGACAAGUGUCCGACUUGCAAGGGUAAAUGCGGCCAGUUCAAGGAUUGCGUACAAUGCGAGGCGCACAACCGCGGGCCCCUGUACAACCCCGACGAGGUGGAGGGCAACCGCUGCCCCAACUGCACGCUGUUCCCCAUCAUUGUAGAGGGGAAACUCGAAGCGAACGAAACUUUGAACGAGCAUUUGUGCAGUUUCUAUGAUGAAGAGGACUGCUUAUAUUUGUAUGUGUACACUUACGACGAGAAUCAGCGGUUGGUUAUACGAGCACAGAAGGAACGAGAAUGUCCUAAGAAGGUGUUUAUCUUGGGCAUAGUGCUGGGCGUGAUCGCGGCCAUAGUGCUGGUGGGACUGGCGCUGCUGAUGCUGUGGAAGAUGGUCACCACCAUCCACGACCGCCGCGAGUUCGCGCGCUUCGAGAAGGAGCGUAUGAUGGCCAAGUGGGACACGGGCGAGAACCCCAUUUACAAACAAGCGACGUCGACAUUCAAGAACCCCACGUACGCCGGUAAGUAAUGCGACAAGAAAACGAAGAAGCGACCGCAAAUUAAAGCAGAUCUUGAAUAAAACUGAGUUAAAUCUGGGUUUAACUCCACAUUACAUCAGUUGCAUUUCAAAGACUCCUUCGUCGAAGUUAUAUUUUAGGCUUCGUGCUGACGAAUAUAAAUUGUUGCCUUAAGUAGUGCCUUUUCUACUUGAAUUUUUAUAAAUUAAUUGUGCUUGAAGAAAUAAUGUGGACGAAAUUAUCGAAUAGUAGUUUUCGUUUUUUCUAUAGAAUAUUCGCAGUUUCACCAUGUUAUACUUUAUAAUAGGCUUUUGUCUCCUAUAAACGCCGUAAAGAGACCACAACAAUACAUUUAUAUAGUAAACAUCAUGACGCGGCCUACGGCGUUUAUAGGACACCAAAGCCUUACCUUUAAUACUUUUUCUCAGAAUAAUGACUGUAUAUAGAAGAUUUAAACCAUACCUUCAGAGUUGUGAAAGAGAGAUGAUGUACCCAUCUCAUUACAAUAUAUUUUCCAGGUGUCUGGUGAAAAUUGUGCUGACCAAUUCUUUUUUACAAAUAUUAUUCUGAGACUUAUUUAUUUCAGGAAAUUUUAUAGAUUUCUACAUCUACUCCACAGUGAGCUUACGUCAAAUAAAUGUUAAAAGUGUUUAAAGUUCGUAAAAUUAUUGCAGAAUAUUGUGUAGUAGAAAUGCUAAUUAUGCUUGAAUUAUAUAAAAUUAAGGGAUAUAAAGUAAUAUCGUUUACACUGUGGACCCUACGACGCUACAAAUAAGGUUUGGAUUAAUCUCUAAAGAACGUAUGCUUUCUGGUAUGUACUUAUGUGUGUGAUUGUCGUAUGUACUUAUGUGUGUAGUUUGCAUAUUACCGUUGUGAGAUGAAGAAGAUAUAUUUGUGAAGAAUAUGUAUUUAAGUUGUAGAUGCUUCGUCAUGUUUCUUUGCUAGUGUUAACAUUAAUGAUGACUUGCAUUUAAAAAUUGUUGCUAAAUAUUAUUAGUUGAAAAUAAGUUGCCGCACAUUUUCAAUAACAUAUUUAACAAUUUAAGGUUGAUUUAACGUAUUAAAAGAAUUAUCAAUACAUUAAUCAAUCCCUCGCGGUAUAGAAUAGACGUUUUCACGACUGAUUUUUCUGAAGUUAAAAAAGGGGACGGCAAUGCAUGACCGAUAAUUGUUUGGAAUAAAUUCGCCAGUGGGACUAAUUUAUAAACUAUUAUCGAGAUCGAGUCCCAGCGAUUACAGCCUUUAUAACAUUACACAUUGGAACUAAAGCCCCAUAUAAUUUAAAUCUUGGUUUUGCAAGGUUCUAAUUAUAUCAACCAUAGUGGCGAACUUUAUUAUAAUAAUAAUUAUCGACAAUCAAGUCAAACAUGCAAGUCGCGCUUAUAUAAAUUCUUCCAGAGAAAUAAUAGUAUUGUCAAGAAGCACAUAGUAAACCUUAUAUCUUAAAACUUCAUAUAUUAAAAUACAUAUGUAGUAAUAAGUGAAAUAUCUAGAUGGUUGUUAGGUAAACUAUAUUUAAUUAUUAUCAAGUAUGUCACUGCCAACAGCCUUUGUUGUUAAAACAUUAUGAUUAUUUAAAUUUAAGGCCAAAGUUUAUAGGAAAAAUAAAAAAAUCCGAAUAUAAAUCGAAUGAUCGAUAGGUAGGCUCUACCAUAUACGAUGACGACAACACCACCGAGUAUUUCGUUCUGUUAUGACUUAGUUGGAAAUUUUGAAAUAGCAUCGCUUAUGUUUUCUGCUUACAUUCCGGUACACAGUGCGGAUAUUUUUUAUACUAGGUAAUACAUGUAUACUUCUAACAAACAACUUCCUUGUUUCUAUUUAUCAUAAAAAGUAACGCUAUCCACACUGAAUCUUAUUAUAAAUCAAACAAUUUAUUGUAAAAUUCUAGAACAAAGAAAAUGAUAGAGCGUCAUACUUGGUACGGAGUUGCAAGCACACUUUUAGCGAGUUUAUUGAUAUAUACAUUGUAGAGAAGUAGCUUGUUACUGGUGGGUGCCUUAUAAAAAUAGCUGUUAUUAAACUAGUGCCAUUACUAAUACUAAAAAGUCUUAUACUAUUUAUUACUAUUUAAAAUAAUGUUUAACGUUUAGAAAGUAACGAUCUAAUGAAGUACCCAAUAUUU